GUCGUUUUUCCACCGACAUCAUCGGUUCUUGCGCGUUUGGGUUGGACUGUAACAGUUUCGAAGAGCCCAACUCCCCCUUCAGAGUGUACGGGAAGAAAGUUUUCCGACCCACCGCUUUGGAUCAGAUUAACAUCCUUAUUUCGUUCAGUUUUCCAAAUCUAGCCAGAAUCCUGGGUAUACGUAUAGUGAAGAAGGAUGUCUCUGAUUUCUUCAUAAAAGUUGUAGAGGACACCAUCUCGUACAGGGAGAAGAACAACGUCAGUCGCAACGAUUUCAUGCAGUUGCUCUUGGAGAUGAAAAAUAAAGAUGGCGAUGUCUCAG